AUUUUAGAAAAUAGUUUGGGGGGAUUUUAAGAAAAUAUUGGAAAGACCGACAGUGAAUACAAUGGAGUGUUUGGAUAUCUUUACUUUGUUUGUCAAUAAUAUACCAUUCAAAAGGCUUUGUUAAUCCUAAUAGAUGACAUUACUCUACCUUGGAAACCAUACGAAUUGUAUACAUUAAGAGGCUAAGGGAUGGCUUCGUUUGAAGAAGACAUGGAAUCGCUGGUUGAACUGCGGGUCAGACACUGGAGACCAGCUAUUGUCCAGUGCAUCCAGACCCAUCAGUUAUGUACCAGGCUAGCUUCUAAAGGGAUUAUAACGGAUGUUGAUAAAACCCGGUUAUGUGAUCUUUAUCGGAAUAAAACAUUUUAUGAAGCAAGUAACGAACUGUUAGAUCUUGUGCUCAAGAAACAACAAGCAGGAAAAUGGGCGUUGUUUUUGGAGGCACUCGAUGACGAAGGUAUGGAAUUUGUGAAAUCACGUUUAACAGCGACAGCUGUAGAGUUACCAGAAGAAAGAGAGCACAGAAAGGCGAUGAUUCAGUUUUUCGCUCCCGACCUAGAAAAGAACAUUGACGAUCUUGUUAAAGUAACAACAUUAUUAAAAAGGGAUAGAAUUAUAAACGAAGCUCACGUGCAAGAAAUAAUGAACUUGAACACACAACGGUCAACCGCUCAUGCUGUGCAGUGUCUUUUAACAAGAAUGCAAUGUCUUAAGAGACCAGAAGAGUGGUACUAUGCUUUCCUGUGUGCACUUCGCGACACAGAUUACCAACAUCUCGCAAAUAAAUUGGAACCAGACUUCCUUAAAAAUCCAUCUGCGUUUAUGCCUAAACUUGGUCCAAUUCAUCAGUCAACAGAUGUUGGUGAGAAAGAGCACCUGCUUGAAGAUAAAAUGGAGUACGAGCCAAGCAAUGAUCUUAACGCACCAGCCCCAUCUACAAGCGAAACUUUUGAAUCGAAGUCGGAGACAGAAGUGCAGGAAAAAGAACUUCAAAAGGGAACCGGUAGUGGAAAUCUUAUUUAUAGCACUAUAGAUAAUGAAAACUUAAAGGACCUGAACAUAAAGCCUGAGAGAAUGAAGUCGGUUGAGGAAUUUAAAGACAAAACAAUUGAAUCCGACGAGGAAAGUGAAGAAGAAAAUACGCUUGCUUCUGACUACGAAGGUUCAGAUGCUGAAGAAGAAGAACCAAAACCCCAUUCAUUAGAGUUGAGGGAUUAUCAAAUAGAGCUUGCAGAGGAGGCUAUAAAGGGAAGGAACACGAUAAUAUGCGCUGAAACCGGAACCGGAAAGACUUGGGUUGCUUUGCAUAUUGUUGCCAGCCAUCUUGCUAAAGCUAGUAAUUCACCAAAGAAGGUAGUGUUUAUGGCCAGAACAGGCGUUUUAAUCAAGCAACAGGCGAACAGGUUCAAACGCUUUCUACCCCAAUACCAGACCAAGCUAAUUACUGGUGAGGAAGAAGAUUCCCGAAUGAUUGACGCCUUUGUUCCCAACUAUGAUAUCAUGUGUUUCACACCGCAAAUACUGGUAAACAACCUCGAUAGCAAAAACAUUGAAACCCUCAGCAAAUUUUCGCUGUUGGUUUUCGACGAGUGUCACCACACAAGGGGAGAUGAGCCUUACGCCAGACUUGCUCGAAGGUAUCUCGUAGAAAAAGGAAGACAGACAGCAGGAUUGCCACAGAUGAUUGGUCUAACAGCGUCAGUCGGUGUCGGGCCAUCGAGAACCGUUGAGGAAGCUGUUGAUUAUAUUCUGCACCUUUGUGCGAAGCUUGACACAACAUUUUUAUCAACUGUUGAACGGUGCAAGGAAAGCCUACUGAAAUGGGUCAAUAUACCGAAAGAAGAAGUUGUAAAGAUGGUUAUACGGGUCCCUGACCCUGGUAAGGAUAUCCUGCUAAAUGCGAUGGAUGACACAGAAUCUUUACUUGAAGAUAUGGCGUUUUUACAGCCUGAUCUUACUGAUUUAAUGAUAGAGAAAAAGCCAGCGGAAAAGGAGUCACAGGCUUAUAACAAGUGGACUGUUGAUCUUGAAAAAGCGGCGCAACUGAACGUAACAGAUCACGAAACGGCUCGAGACAUCAGCUCUUGUGCACGUUAUUUGAAUGUGUAUAAUUCCGCCCUGGAAGUCAACAACCUUUUGCAACUGAAACACGUCAUCAAGUACUUGGCAGAUAAACAUAACCUUGAAAUGCAAGGGAAAAGCAAGCACACAGAUCAAGAAAAAAUUUUAUUCAAGAAGUUGUUGGAUGUUCAGAAAAACUUGUCUGCAAGAGCAAGGGAAAAGGACACUGAAAAUCCAAAUGUGAAAAUAGUCAGCAAUCAAUUGCGCCAGAUGAUUGAGGAAAAAGGGGAUGACUCGCGAGCAAUUGUGUUUGUGAAGGCUCGGGCAACAUGCAGAGCACUGGCAGAGUAUAUCAAUAGAGAUCUUGAAAACAUUGGUGUCAGUGCUCACCCUCUAUAUGGCCAACAAACCCGCGGAGCGGACGAAGGUAUGACUGAGAGCGUUCAAACCGAGACUGUAGAAAAGUUCAGGGAAGGGCAUUACAAGGUGAUGGUUUGCACCUCCGUCGGAACAGAGGGAAUAGACGUUCCUGAUUGUAACAUCGUGGUGAAUUACAACUACUCCGGGGAUGAAAUAACCAAGAUACAAAUGAAAGGUCGCAGCAGGAAAAAGGGCGCCACUCAUGUUAUUGUUGGAGGCGACAAACAAGUGGAACAGGAAAUGGUGAACGCGUACAAAGCAAACAUGAUGUAUAAGGCGAUGGAUGAAUUUAAGCGGCUUAACCCAAAGAACAUUGGGUAUAAGGUUGCUAUUUACCAGAAGGAGGAGAUGCAAAAACAUAGAUAUAAGAUGGAAUACGAAAAGGCUAAGAAAAGCAAAAUGUCGGAAGAUGAUCUGGAAAUACUUUGCAGGAGAUGCAACACAAAAGCCUGUCUGGUCUCUGACAUUCGAAAGCUUGGACAUGACCAUCUUGUCUUAGACAAGAGCUUUGCUAACAGAAUCACCACGAAACCGCACAAAUCCCCCAAAAAGUACGACGGCAUAGAAAAGAAAUCUAAAAUGUUCUGCAAAAAAUGCCCGUUGGACUGGGGCAUAGUUGCAGAAAGGGAUGGCGUCGACCUUUGGAUUUUGAAAAUACAAUGCUUCAAAUUUCGGAACAUGCGUUCUGCCGAUGUUUCAGCAUACAAGAAGUGGAUAGAAGUUCCAUAUGCUGUCCCCGAGAUGAACCUGGAAGACAUUCCAAAGUUCUUUGGAACUGUAGACGAAGUAGCCUGUUUUUGAUUCAAAUGGAACUUUAAUCAGCUUUCCUUCGACAUAAGUCGAUACAUUUAGAGAUAACAGCUCUUUAUUUAUAUAUCUUAAUCUGUGGACGGUGUAUAUUAUGAAUGUAUUAGACUUGAUUAUUAAACUUGUAUUGUUAUUAUCUAAGGAUCAGCAGUGUGUAUGCCCUUAUUUUGCGUAUUUGCUUUAUGUUUCGGAUGUAAAUCAGUAUUUUAGUGCAAACUAUCAGUAUUGUUUUGAAAUUCUAUUUAUUAAGUUUCAUCAAAGAAACGAAAUAUAAUACGAAUAACUGUAUACUUUGAAGUACUAUAUGAACUUAUUUGUCUGAAGCACCAAUUGUAAUUAUUUAAAUGUAUAUAAACAAAUAAACAAGCUGCGGGAAAUAAUCUGUUUUAAGAGCAUUAUUGUGUUAAGGAAUACUUCUUGUGUUGCGCUUUCUGAUUGGAGGUACACUGUAGGUUUAAUUAGGCGUAAGGGCUAAAUUAUCUUGUACGAUGUUUAUUUAACGCCAACACUUAUGUUCAUCAAAAACUGUGACUGUUUUUAUGUAGUACUAUUUAUCAAAUUUGACAAAGGAUGUAUUUAAAUUUGUUUGAAUGUUCUUUUUUCAAAUCAGAUUUGGUUAGGCUUGUAUUCAUAAUACAAUAGAAGACACAUGGACAAGCUCAGUAACCAAACAAUCAACGAUGCUCUGUUUGUAUGCACUUGGUUAUUAAGGAGUCAUGACUGUGAUGUACAUUCUGUAUAUAUUAUCUUUAAAACCAUAUUUGUAUUGUUGCUGAAAUGCUUUGUGUAUUUUGCUUUUGCAAGGUACAAUACUUGCAAUAUUGCUUUGUAUUUGUUGGAAUGUUUAUGUUAGAAAGGAUUGAGGAAAAAAUGAAUUUAGAUAAUUGACCUGUAUGAAUAUGCUUGUUGUGAAGUAAAUGCUGAUAUAUCGGAAA